AUGUUCAACAAUGUGGUGACAUUCGAUGAUACAUCAAACGAUGAUGAAUAUGGAGAAGGAUCAUCGAUCGGCUCGGAGAUUGUGAGCGGUCGAAGCUCGGGCACUUUUUCGACGGAAACGUUCGCACACGAGGAAAACGCAAAUGAAACGAUGCGACGGUUGAAAGCAUUGUAUCCAUUUGCGGUGGCAAAUAAUGCAUCUCUGCCGCUUCAUUGGAAUCCACAAGAUAAAAGUGAGCUGAUCGAACUACAACACAAUUGUCUCCGUGUAUCAAAUCGAGGUCAAAAGACGAGUCACACGAGUCACGCAAUCAAUCCAAAUUCGGAUAAAGCGACCGCCGCAUUGAUUCGAGCCAAUGCACCAGUGCCCCGUCUAUGUGGAAUCUAUUAUUUUGAGGUGACAAUUUCUCAGGGAAAAGACGGCCGAGUCGGUGUCGGCUUUGGGCCAAGAACUAUGGGAACAGCGCGGAUGCCGGGCUGGGAUCCGCACUCGUACGCUUAUCACGGUGAUGAUGGAUACUUUUUCACAAGUGAUGGUAACGGUCGUGAGUAUGGACCAAAAUUUAAAGAAAACGAUACAGUUGGCGCUGGGAUAAAUCUCGUCGAGCAAACGGUCUUCUUCACGUUAAAUGGAAAGAAUUUGGGUUCUGCAUCGAAAGUUCAAAUCUCGGAUUCGGCAAUUCAAUUGUAUCCAGCGCUGGGAUUGCAGAGUCCCGACGAAAUUGUUGACUCAAAUUUUGGACAAAAGCCAUUCAUUUACAAUAUCGAUAAAGAUCUUCAAAAUCUACAGAAAGAAGUUGGUGACGAGAUCGAGAAUGUCGCGUUACCGGCCGAAAAAGGGACAUGGAUGAAUAGUGCGAUUUGUUCGUGGUUGUUGAGCGAGGGCCAUGUCCGUGCUCUAACAGCUCUCACUCGACUCACGAAAACGAACCUCAACUUCACUGAAGAGGGGAUAAAUCGAAGGAAUUCCAUUCGAUCGUUGAUUAUCUCAAAGCGAUCAUCGGAAGCAGCUGAUCGAAUUGAGCAAUUCUAUCCGCAAUUGUUUGCAGAAAAUCGAAAGAUCGAAUUAUUCUUGAAAUGUCAAGUGUUUGUCGAGAAAUCUCAGUCGAUUAUCUUGGAAACGAAAGGAAGUACAACCUCGUUGAAUGGAAUGCCGACUUUGAAAAGGACAAAUCGACCAUCGAGAGGACAAAAAAGGCGGCAACAAGACUCCGAAGCGGGCACAUCUCGUGAAGAACCGCCAACAAGGAGAAGCCCGGCUAACAACCAAACCGAUGAAUCGGUACAAAAUGGUUGUGCGAAGAAUGGGAAUUUCAAGAAUGGCAACGAGAAGAAUGGGAAUCUGAUGGGUAGUGGAUUGAUGGGAACGACAACGAUUGAAGACGAAGAUGCCGAGGAUGAAGCGAUGGAUGGCGUCAUUCGUAUCGAUGACGAGAACACUUCCACGAAUCGUUGCGGGUAUUCGUUGAUUGACAAAACGGAAGCCGACGGAAAAUUGGGAGAGAUUAUCACUUACGGUCAGCAUGUCUCAAAGUUGAGAACGCAAUGCGAGAUUGAUUUGAACGGUGACGAGAAAGCGCUCAUAAAUGAUGCAUUGAUGGCAAUUCUGAGUGACGUAAACGAUUUUGCGAAACUCGCUCACAUGCAACCAGGACAUCGAGAGAAAUUGGCUCAAGAUGUCAAUGCGGCAAUUAUGAAAUACGAAGGCUAUAAACCAAUUUCUCUGCUCGACACCUAUUACAAUACGAUUCAUUUAACGAAACGACGUCUGUUGAAGGAAAAACACCCAAAAAGUCCCUUCAUCAAUGUGGACAGUCUUUUUUCGUCAAUCGACUUCGUGCAUACUCCAAAAAUUUCAUUUGAUGAUGCUCAAAUGGAUGUUGAGCAAAAA